AUGGCGUAUAAGAACAGUGAUGCGGAUCUUAGAACCCAGAGAUUUUUGGAUUGGGCUCAAACGGACCAGAAAGUAUGGAUUUCUGACAAAAUCAAGUUGCUGCAGCAUCCAACAGAUGCGCAGCAGGGAAGAUGUAUCUUAGCGGAGCAAAACGUGGCAAAGGGCGAGAAGCUGUUCGAGAUUAAACGUGAAAGUGUGUUGAAUGUGAUAACAUCGAGUUUGAGCACAGAAAACCCAGAAAUUCGCAAGCUUUUCCUGCACAAGCUGGGCCACUGGGAAGGAUUGAUCGUGGUGAUUUUGUAUGAGCUGAAAAUGGCACAGGAAAAAAGCCAAUGGUGGCCGUACUUCCAGGUGUGGCCCCAACAGGCAAGCAUGGACAGUUUAAUGUACUGGACAGACGAAGAAGUGGCUCGUUUGGGUCCGUCCGCAGUCCGCAGCAGAAUCGGACGAGACGGCGCUCGUGCAAUGUACGAAACCGUCAUGGGUUGCGUAAAGGAGCUCAAUCUGACGCAGCUUGAAUCCGUGACGUGGGAGGAGUUCGUGCAUGUAGCAUCCGUUGUAAUGGCAUAUUCCUUCGAUAUGGAACGCCCGGAUUAUGACGAGGACGAAGAAGAUGAAGAUGAAGAAGAACAAAAUGAUGAAGGGUUGGACGACACAAUGGGCCCGAUUUCGGUCUGGAAAGAUGGAUACAUCAAGUCUAUGGUGCCAAUGGCUGAUAUGCUCAACGCUGAUACCCACAAGUGCAAUGCAAACUUAACAUAUUCACCGGAGUCGCUGAUCAUGGUAGCGGUGGACGAUAUAUUCAGCGGCGACCAGGUGUACAACAUUUAUGGCGAAUUUUCCAAUUCGGAGCUUUUACGUCGGUAUGGCUACGUUGAAUGGACCGGUUCCAAAUACGAUUGUGGCGAAAUACCGCUUUCCACUGUUGUCCAAGCCAUGCAGGCUUGUCUUGGUUGCUCUCGCGGAAUAAUUGACAAAAUCUUGGAUUUCAUACAAAAUCGGUCAGAAAUAAGAGACGAGGUGCUAGAAAGCGAGCCUUUGGUGCUGGACUCUUACGAUUGUUAUGUGGACGGCCAGAUCUCGCCCGAAUGCAUUACCCUGUGUCAAAUUAUAGCAUGUUCCCUCCAGUUACCUCGGAUAGAGACAUUGAGCGAUAAAGGUUUGACUGACUUCUUGCAACGGUUGGUCAAAAGGGCGCUUCAAAGCGUCAACUCAAACGAGAUCACAAAAGUGUGCGCACACAUAAUCGAAUCUGCCCUAGACUUGAGACUGCGCGAGUACCCAAGCCAUACAUUCAGAGAACCUCCACCUGAUAGUGAUUCUCCAAACACGCCAGAAUUCAAGAAAAAUUUGGCAGAAUGCGUGCUGCGGAGUGAAGUCAAAUCUUUUCAAAACAGCUUUAGCUCGCUGAGGAGCGAAUACCAACUGAUAGACGAUGCGGUUUUGAUGGAAAAGGUAAAAGCCGUCAAGAGAAAGAUGAACUCUCAAAAGAACAAGAGCAACUCUUCAAAAAAAAUGAAAAAAUAG